CGCGACAACUUGUAGGCGCGUGUCCGGGGUUUCGGGAAGUCGGUCGCUCUAGCUGUCCAUUGUCCAUGAUUUCCGGUCUCUGAGGGUCCAACUUCCGAGCAGGCGAGGGCGUGCGGUCACGUCGGCGCCAAGUCGGGGAAUGCGGCGGGGAGUGACGUGGUGGCCAGGGCUGUGGUUGCGCCCUCCAGGGGUCAUUUGCUCGACGGAAGGAAGCCUCCCGGGCGAUAGGCAUCUUGGAGCAUGUAAAGUAACCAAGGAAACUGAACUCCAGUAUGUGGUAUAUUAUGCAGAGCAUCCAGAGUAAAUAUUCUUUGUCAGAGCGCUUGAUCCGGACUAUCGCAGCCAUCCGAUCCUUCCCACAUGACAAUGUUGAAGACCUAAUAAGAAGGGGAGCAGAUGUCAACUGUAUGCAUGGUACUCUGAAACCAUUGCACUGUGCUUGCAUGGUGGCUGAUGCAGAUUGCAUUGAGCUGCUGUUGGAAAAAGGAGCUCAGGUCAACGCCCUUGAUGGCUACAAUCGAACAGCCCUUCAUUAUGCAGCUGAGAAGGAUGAGACCUGUGUGGAGAUCCUGUUGGAAUAUGGGGCAAAUCCCAAUGCACUGGAUGGCAAUAAGGACACUCCACUCCACUGGGCUGCCUUUAAAAACAAUGCGGAAUGUGUCCGAACACUUUUGGAAAGCGGGGCCUUUGUCAAUGCUCUGGAUUAUAACGACGACACCCCUCUGAGCUGGGCAGCAAUGAAGGGCAACCUGGAGAGCGUCAGCAUCCUCCUGGAGUACGGAGCUGAGGUCCGGAUUGUCAACAUGAAGGGGCAGACCCCAAUUUCAAGGCUGGUUGCCCUGCUGGUCAGAGGACUUGGCACCGAGAGGGAAGAUUCCUGCUUUGAUCUCCUUCACCGAGCCAUUGGACACUUCGAAUUGAGGAAAAACGGCACGAUGCCGCGCGAGGUGAUGCGAGAUCAGCAGCUUUGUGAAAAGCUUACCACGCUAUGUUCUGUCCCAGGCACAUUGAAGACACUCUCACGCUAUGCUGUGCGCCACAGCCUGGGUAUGCAGUUCCUACCAGACGCAGUGAAGGAACUGCCUCUGCCAGAAUCUUUGAAAGAAUACGUCUUGCUUAAAUGAUGGCUUCCUUCCCCCCCCCCCCCCCCCCAUAGGAUUGUAUUAACCAGCAAAUUGGUGAGCCAUGGUGGACAUGGCAUUUUAGAGAUGUAGCUCCAGGAGUCAGCUGGUGUGACAUCUGCGCUUUUGUCCAGUGUGUUCCCUUAGCUUCUCCAUUUGCUAUAGUAUCCUUCUGACCUUUCUUUAGUGAAGGAGGCUAGGAAAGGACUUCUGGCUUCUUAUGGCCAGGAGGCCCAAGUGAAACACGUCUGUGUUCCACCUCCUGAAGAAGACCACUUCCAAAAUUCAGGAUGACUUCUGUUCUCAGUGAAACAUUCACAGAGCCAGUUGUCUCCUAGCACCGCAAAACAAACAGGAGGCUGAAGAACGGCAACAAUUUGCUUCCUUUAAACUCAUUACAUGCAUCAAAGCAUUUGAGUAAUCCAGUCGUCGUCUUAGUUUUAGACUCUCCUAAGACAUAUGUAUUUCAUAUAUUUUUUGUUUAUUGAUAAAUGAUUUCCUUUCAGGAAUGUAAUGGCUUAAUGAAUCUGAAUAAAUAAAUAUGGUGAGCUGAUCAGGUCCUGUAGAGAUUAAGGGCUGUUCUCUUUUACAUUAGCUUCUUUGAGAUUCUCACAUCCAGUUGCAGAGAUGCUCAGAAAGGCAAGAGCUCUUUUUAAAAACCAAGAACAGAGCAUCCUAGCGCUUUGGGAACCAAAGCCAAAAAGGUUCUUCAGAGUGGGUGUGGAUAUGCAUUUGGCCUUUCUACUUCUUAAAACAGCCAUAUGAUUCCAAAGAGUACCGAUUAAGGAGAUGCCAGUCAGGUGUUUUGGACUGUAUUUAAGUGCACAAUUGAUGCGUCUUUAACUCAGAUGCAUAAUUUUUCAGGUUUGCUUGGCAAGGGUGAGCCCAGGAAAAGACACUGGUUUGUUAAGGAGGCACUAGCAAGAGUCAUGUGCAUGCCAAUAUGCGUGUGCCCACCCCUGCUCCAGGGCGUCAUCUUAGGAUCUUGAGUGCUGCACUUUGUCCACUUUCGUUGGCUCAUCUUUUGUUGUUGCUUUUUAGACCAUCUCUGUUUAUAUCACAGGAAAAAGUGAUAGAAAUCUGAGGAGGAGAUGAUGAAGUGUGUUGCUUCGGCCUGGGUGAGGAAUUUAUGACAAGAUAAAGGAGGUGGGUUGGGUGAGGAAAGAACAAACAUCCUACAAUGAAAAAAGAUAUUGCUUUUAACUCAGCCUUUUGUUUACAGUACUGGUUUGUAUGUGUAGAAAUCUGUAGUCAGACUAAUUCCCCAUACUCUCACCUCAUUACGACCAUCUGUAGAAACUGUUGCCCUACCUGAAUAAAUUGAAAAAAGUAAUUCAGUGGUGCUUGUUCUGGAGGCAUACUAAUGAUCAUGGCAGUUUUGUGUCUUGCAUAGUGAUGAGGAAAUCUUUUCUGCCCACGGUGUAUGUACAUAUUUUAUUCACCGCUUUAAAGCUUUCCAGAAUGUUCUUUCACUUCCUGUACUUUGCAGCUCCAGACAAAUGUUACUAGGCUUAUAUUGAGCCUAGCAACAAUGGCACUAUCUACUAUAGUCAGCUUCUGGUUUGCCAGCACAUUCUUUAUUAUUGUACAGUUCUAGUGUGCCCUUGUGAAGAAAUGGCAAAGAAAAAGUAUUCAUUUUUGAAAAAGCUAAGGCAUCUUUCAAACGUUUCAGUGGGUUUCUCCAUUGGACACAAGUUAAAAUACAUUUUUCUUGCCAUACAAUUAUGAUUGUAAUCCGCUUGUUUUGUGGCAGGCUCCUUUUGCUUCCGUUGCCUUCCUCUGUUUUAAUGAAAAUGAAAAAUGGGAGGAGUGGGGUUUGACAAGUCUAAUUUAUUAAGGGCUAUAUCUGCCAUUUCUUAAAAUGUAAAAUUGUAGACAUGUAAAAUUGCAGGUAUGUUUCUUUCACAAAUAAUUAUCUUGGUUCGGACAAAUGAAGCAGCAUCUUAUGAAUGUAGGGGAGCUGAGAAUACAAGUCUUAGAGGUCCAAUUACCCGUUAGACACGUGCCAAGAGCAUCACUGAGCAAGUCCAAUGGCCUGGGUGUGUGGGCAUUGUAAUUACAACCACUAUUUUAUCUGCUAUUCAGUUUCAGAAAUGGAAUUGUAAUUUCCGACAAUAUGCCCUUUUAAAUUAUUUUUUGGCUAUUCUCCUAAGAUUGGAGUAUUGGCUCUCACAUUGAUUCCUGGAGUAUUUCUUGUCUGCUCAGGAUAAUAUCCUCACUUCUAUUUUGAAGAAGGGGAGAUGGGAAUUAGAACCCUAAACAGCCAUCUUGAAAAUUAGACAACGUAGAAAUGAUUAUAUUAAUUGUUGAAAUACAUUCUAUGAUACUUGAUGUGAACAGAGCCAUCAUUCUCUUCAGAUGUGUUUCCUUUCUUAUUUCUUAGGCAAAUUAAUAAUACUAGCAUGCCACAGCCUUAUAGAAAUAAGGAUGUGAAAAAAUAUUCUCUACAUAGAACAUUUGGAUAGUCAGCCAUCACAGUGGAAAUAUGCGUUUUUGGAGAUUAGGACCAUAUACCAUAUACAAAAUAGGACUUGUUUUAUUCAAUACAAGAGUUGGGACAAAACCACUUGUAGAAGGAGAGGAGAAAUGAAGCAAACUAUCUUGCCUUCUUUGCCUCAGGAAAUCACUCUAGGAUUCAAAUUUUGGUUUAACCAAAACCCAGAAGCACCACUUUUCAGAUUUUCUGCUGAACUGCAGCUGGACUAAGAUGAUUUGGGGAACAUUUCAAAACAAUUUUGUUCUUUGUUUUACACCUCUACCCCAAAUUCCAAAGGAAUAAUUCAGCAUGAGAAUGGUUCAAUUUUCCCCUGGAUCUGCUUACAAGAAAAAACAUGUUGUAAGCUCAAAGUACUGUUUUUGAAGUGCUUGAUUGUGGAGGAAUGCUUGUUCAGUGCGCAGAUGACUUGGAUAUUAAAAGCUUGUUCAUUAAAUUUA